ACACGCAAUAGCCUGAAGACUUAAGUAACGUCCCUUAUUUUGUUAUUUGUGUGUGUAAUUAACUUAUUAACUGUUAAUUGUUACAUAAACUAUAGACAUAAUAUUUUUGUUGCUAAUUUUUGGUUAUCAUACAUUUUGGUCCACCACAAUUAUUUGGUGAGCCCAGUAUUUUAUUAUCUCGCAUUUAUACCACUGUUAUAUUGUUCAUUCGCUCAUUACACGAUACUCUAGCUCAUUUUUAACCUAAUGUAUUCUCCACCUAAGCUUAGUGAUAUGGCGGAUAAGGUAAUGGAAGUCUGUCAUGAUAAUCACUAUAUAAAUACGAUGCAGCCGUAUGGAGCAGCUGAUGUCAGUUACUUAAACUCUAUUCAAAGACAAUUAUCUCAAUUGACGAAUCAACUUGAGUCCCUUCAAACCACUGUAGCAACGGUUCAGGCCAGACAAAUAGGACCCCCUUUUAGACAGAGAUCACGUUCUAGACCACGAUCUCGUUCACCUAAACGACCAUCCGAAAUUUGUUGGUAUCAUACUAAAUUCGGCACAAAAGCACGGCGUUGUACACGCCCGUGUGCAUUCCCCUUACCCAGCACUGAUAACCAGGGAAACGGUCCGGCCAGGCAGUAAUGGCGGCGCCUGACUCUGGCCACAACUCAAGCCGUCUAUUUCAUGUCAGGGAUCG